AUGGGAAGUAGUGCCUCAACUAGAAUAAAUGAAUUCUAGAAAAUAAAGGCUGAUCUUAAAUUGACGACUCUACCAGACUUGGAUAAAGUAAAUUCUAAACUUAUUCCUUAGCUUUUAAUUGUUGCCUAAGAUCUUCUUAAAGUAACUGAGUAACUUAGAUCAAGGAUUGUAUCAUAUCAUGACCUAUUGAUGAGAGCAAUGAAAUUGCAAUCUUAUAAAGAUGUCACUUUAAUUGAUGCCUUUAAAAUAUGGUACUUGUGCACUUUAGUGUGUAAUGACACAAAAGGAGACAACGUAUAAUUUGAAUGCAAAAUUGAAAAUUUUGAUCAUGAAGUCUUACCUGAAAGUCUAAAGAAACUAAUGAGUUUUGUACUGAUCUUCAUCUAUAAGUAGGGUAGCGUAGUGGCUUUUACAAUCGAAGAAAAGUUCAUUCAAGAUGAGAAAGAGCAUUUGAUAAUUUGUGAAACAGGAAUAUGUGGAGAUUUUAAACUGCAAUUAUGGCCUUUCAUUUGCUCAUCCUUUUUAAGUUAUUUGAGAUCUGCCGUUAGACUAGCCCCAUUUUUAGAAGAGAAAAUCAAUAGCUAAAUUAAUUUGAUAAGAAAGUACAUAGAUGUACAUAAAGCAGAGAAGUUGACAAAAAAUAUAAAUUAAUAAACCUUAACUCAUAUCUGUGAGUAAUUCAAAUAUUUUGGAUUAUUGGUUGAUAAAUAUCAUCAAGAAGUCAAAGUAUUUACCAAAGGUUAUAAAGAAAUUAUGAAAGAAUUGCAUCCUUUGAGUUAGGAAGUUCUAAGAGAAGAAGGAAAUCAAAAUUACAUUCUAAAUGACGAGAGAACAAUCUUAAAAACAAAAAUACAAAGUAUUAUAAAAAAAUAUCUACCCAAUUAUGUACUGAAAGAAGUAAUUGAAAUAAGAUAAGAAAUGUAAUUGAAAGAGUAAAGAAGAAAAGUAAAACCAAAAACCAAAUUGGAAAGAAGAAGAACAGAACAAGCUGCUUUAACAUUCCCUACCACUUAUCAUUGGGUAGGUCAUGAGUACUUUGACACUUUCUUUUCAGCUUAGUCCUUAACUUUAUCCGAAUUAGAAGAAUGUCGUUCUCAAGGAGAAGAAGCCAGAAAAAAGUUAUUUAAAAUCACUGGAGUCAAUUAAUGGAAGGAUAAUACUAUAAAAAGCGUAUUUGAAUGUCUCGCAUGGAUAUUAUCUGCUGAACUUAAUAAGAAUCUUAAAGACAAAGAUUUUAAACUACUUAAAGACGAGCCUUGGCUUCAUUUUAUAAAGCAAAAAAAGCACAAAUUUACUGAACUUUCUUCUUUAAUAGUUGCCAAUUUAAAAAUAUGGUUGAAAUAUUUUAGUCCGAUUAGAUAUGAAAGAAUCUGUAAUUAUUAUUAAGAUUUCUUAAAGCGAUAAAAAGAACUUGAAAAGAACAAAUUUGAAUUUCACCAUUUAAUCAGAGAUCUUCCUCCAUAAAAUUAAUAUAAUGCACUUUCAAGUUUUAGUAAAAAUAUUCGAGUAAAUGAAACUUAUAUGAGUAAAAUUGAAAAACUGUUUGAGAUGACUAUUCAAAGUAAUGGUAAAAUGGGAGAAGAAUUAUAUGAAAAUUGGUAGGAUAUCGUUAAUCAAGCUGAUUCAAUUAAUUAUUAAUUAGGCACUCCUUUUAAUGAAUUCAUUAAAGAAUUUAGACCAAACACAUUGGCAGAAUUGGACGAAUUGUAAAAUAGAAAGGCUGAAAGAAAAUAAACUAAGUUAUCGAUUGCCUGUAUUGAAGUUUGA